UGGCUUUUUCUUAUUGGUUUAGCGGAUCGAUCUCAGUCCACUCGCCAGCUCGAAGCAUCUGUGUUGUUCUGGUACUCAACGUAAAUUUCCUUAAAUUAUAACAUUUUACAAACGAAAAUGUCUCAAAAUCAUGCAAAUGGUAACGGAGAUUCGUCUGAAAAUGAAACCUUCCUUUUCACAUCAGAAUCAGUAGGAGAAGGACAUCCAGAUAAAAUAUGUGAUCAAGUAAGUGAUGCUAUUUUGGAUGCUCAUCUUGCCCAAGAUCCCUAUGCUAAGGUAGCCUGUGAAUCCGUGUCCAAGACUGGAAUGAUCUUGGUUGCCGGGGAGAUUACAUCCAAAGCCCACGUUGACUACCAGUCUGUCAUCAGAAACACCAUCAAAAGAAUUGGCUAUGACGACUCCUCAAAAGGAUUUGAUUGUGAAACUUGUAAUGUAUUAGUUGCAUUGGAAGAGCAAGUAAAAGAGAUUGCUGAUGCUGUCCAUGUUGACAAGAAAGAUGAAGACAUUGGUGCUGGUGAUCAGGGCCUUAUGUUCGGUUAUGCCACUGAUGAAACUGAAGAGCUUAUGCCGUUGACAGUCGUGUUAGCUCAUGGACUUACCAGGAAACUGGCAGAAUUAAGGAGAAACGGAGAAAUGGGAUACCUUAGACCGGAUUGCAAGAGCCAGGUGACUGUACAGUACAGGAUGAAUGAUGGCUGCUGUGAACCUCUUCGAGUCCACACCAUUGUCAUCUCAACACAGCAUAGUGCCAACGUAACACAAGAGCAGCUAAGGAAGGAUCUACGGGAAAAAGUGAUUGGAAGCACCAUUCCUGGCAAGUACCUUGACGUGGACACUGUUUUUCAUCUGAAUCCAUCAGGAAGCUUCAUUGUAGGAGGUCCAAAGGGUGAUGCUGGGUUGACUGGUCGCAAAAUCAUUGUAGAUACCUAUGGAGGUUGGGGAGCUCAUGGUGGAGGAGCAUUCUCCGGUAAAGACAUGACAAAGGUAGAUCGUUCAGCUGCAUACGCUGCCCGAUGGGUUGCCAAGUCUCUGGUGGCAGCAAAGGUGUGCAAGAGAGCUCUGGUGCAGCUCGCUUACGCAAUUGGAAUUGCUAAGCCGUUGUCCGUCACAAUAUGGGACUAUGGUACCUCUACCAGUACUCAAGCAGAGUUACUCAAGAUCGUCAAUGACAACUUUGACCUUCGACCUGGAAUGAUUAUUAAGGAACUCGAUCUGAGAAAGCCAAUCUAUGAAAGUACUGCAUCCUAUGGUCAUUUUGGACGGUCAGAAUUUUCAUGGGAAGUACCGAAGCAGUUGAAAUUAUAAGUUGGAAUGAACUCCAUAAAAAUUUGAAUAGUCAAGUAAAUUGUGAAAUAACAUUGAUGUAUAUUUUAUCUUCUAAUUUGGAUUUGAUAAAUAACGUCAAUACUUAUCUAUUUUUUAUCGCUGUAUCUUGGUUGGUCCACAUUGUAAACAACUUCACCAGUAGCUGUUUUGCUUGCAAAAAUGUCAAUAAUGUUUUUGAAAUCUCAUUAUCCUAUAUUAGGUUUUAUAUAUUUUUUUAAUUAUAUUUUAAAAAUAUAUAAUGAAUACUAACAAUAAAUUUUUUGUUGGAGGAAAUAAAAUAAAUAAUAAAUGUGCUGAAAUGUGGUAUGUAAUAUCAAUUCUAUUUGACUUUGAAUUUAUAACACGUAUAUUCUAGAUGAAACUAAAUUUGAACCAAUUUCUGACCAACUUUGCAAAUAACCUUGGAUGAUUAAUGGUUUUAUUAGAAGAAUUAGUAUUGGAAGAAUAAAUGGGAUAGACACACGUUA